AGAGAGAGAGAGAGAGAGAGAGAGAGAAAGGCGACAGUCUCCCGUUUUGUUGCACGAGGAGUCGCGAGGAGCCUCUGAUGACAGACAGACAGCAGAUCUGCUGCCUCGCUGACUGCGACACCUGAACAAUCACCAAACAGAUGAAGGGGAGCCAGCUGUAGGCGAGGAGGAGGAGAAUCAGAGGCUUUCCUGAAGAAAAAAAAUAAAGAAAAUAAAUAAGAAGAAGAAAGGAAGAAGAAGAAGAAGAAGAGGAGGAAAGCGGGGGCAGACAGCAGUCAGCCGGCUGGCCGGGACACGGAGCCCGUGCAGGGGGAGAAAUCACCGUCACAUCACAUCACAGCUCCGAGAUGACAAAGGGCAAGAUAAAGCCUGUAUCUGUGGGUCCACAGGGAGCCUACCCUGGAGACAAUCCCAGUGAAGCAGAGAGAGAUGUCGCAGAAGAAGAUAUUCCUGGUCUUUGUCGCCAUCAGUACUGUCAGUCUUCUGCUGCACCAUGGGGGCCACUUGAGCUGGACCAUAGAGGCAUUUCACCUCGGUUGCCCUGCCCUCCGUUCCCACCCUGCCCCGGGCCUCAAACCUAAGCACACCAAUGUGGCCUUCCUCAAGACCCACAAAACGGCCAGCACCACCAUGCAGAACCUGCUCUUCCGCUUCGCAGAGCGCAACAACCUCACGGUGGCGUUGCCCGUGCAGGCCUGCAGCCACCAAUUCUGCUACCCACGCUCCUUCACCUCUCACUUUGUCCACCCACACACGCUGCCGCCGAACAUCAUCACCAGCCACAUGCGCUUCAACAAGGCAGAGCUGCUGCGCCUGAUGCCCAAUGACACAAUGUAUAUCACAAUCCUGAGAGAGCCAGGCUCAAUGUUUGAAUCCUUGUUCAGUUACUACAACCAAUACUGUCAGAGUUUUAAGAGGGUCCCCAAUGGCUCAUUGGAGGCUUUUUUACAGGAGCCCUGGCGCUACUACCGACCAGAUGAGAAGGACUCCAUGUAUGCACGCAACACCUUGACCUUCGACCUGGGCGGAGACAAGGAUCGCCCAGCAACAGAUGUGGUGUAUGCACGGGCCUUUCUGGCUGAGGUGGAGCGAGUUUUCUCCCUGGUGAUGAUUGCUGAGUACUUUGAUGAGUCGUUGGUUCUCCUUCGCCAUCUCCUCUCUUGGGACCUGGAGGACAUUCUGUACGUUAAACUCAACAUGCGGACACCAAGCUCAAAGCGAAGCCUGACGCCAGGGCUCCCUUCGAAGAUCCGAGCCUGGAAUUCCUUAGACGCACGUCUCUACGACCACUUUAAUGCCUCCUUGUGGCGCCAGCUGUCAGCUCUGGGUCCAGCCUGUGUGGCGAGAGAGGUGCGACUCCUUCGGCGAGCCCAGGAGAGGUUAAUGAGGAGCUGCUUCGGUGGGCGGAUGCCGCUUCUCCGAUCAGCCGCGCAGAUCAAAAACAAGGAUCUCCGCCCGUGGCAGCCUAGUGGAAAAGUUGACAUUGUGGGCUACGACCUCCCGGUAAAUCUCAGCCGUGGGUUCUCGAGCCAGGCCCAGGAGCUCUGCCUCAAGCUCAUCAUGCCAGAGGUCCAGUACACACGGGUGCUCCUACGUUCCCAAUCACUGCGCUACCGCCGUGGCUACCAGCUCCGACCUCCACAGCAGACACAUCCCCUCCAGCAGCCCAUACGCACAGUCCUCCCUCGGCAUCCUCAAGUGCAGCGCAGCCAACCACCCCCUGUAGCCCCAGGCCCUGCAUCAGGGACGGGGUCCACCUCCACCGCCACCUCGAAGCCUGCUGCAGGAACUCAAGGUCGGACCACAAAGUUAAGGCCUAAAUCCUCACAGACCCAGGCCUCACUGACUAAAAAGUAGAGACUGAAAUAUAACAUACUGCAUUGUCCUACCCAUCUUGACCCUUGAGACAAUGGUGCUUGGUUGGUAGGGGUGUUGGAAACAAGGGCGUCUUUGGGAAAAAGUCUGGGUUGUUCUUGAAUCAAUGUCUGUCCUGUCCCUUCCAGACAGAGUUUGGGAUAAAAAAAAAUGAGGGAAAAAGGAGGGAAAGGGGGUAAGACAUAAUCUGGACUUGAACUUGAAUCUCUCCCCUCUCUGGUCUGUAAAACCCGCCCGACAACAGCGGAUGGUAGAAGGUUUUAGGUGAAAGUGGUUCUUUGAGGCAAAUCCGUUAUGUGCGAUGGGGACUCAAUAGGGAAGUGGGGACAUCGGGCCUAUUAUGAGGCACAGAGUAGGCAUUGUGUGUAUCACACUGGUAUAGUAUCAUGUUACUUGCUUUCAUUCUCUGUUUCUCGAGCUCUCUCUCUCCCAAACAUAUGCCACUUAAACUCCUUGAGAGAGACAUAAUGACAUAAAGGGAUCAGCUGUCAGGCGUCCAAAGAGCCUCCUAAGAGCCAGACAGACACUGAGAUCACCUCCAAGCAUUAAUACAACAGCACAAUCAAGACUCUUCUCCUCGUCUUCUUCGCUUACAAACUCUAGAGCCUAAAGCAAUGUAGGGAGGGAGGUUAAAAAGCCAGAUAGACAGAUAAAGAGAAAGACCGUAUACAGAGGGUAAGCCUAAAGACUGGAUGCUCAGUUUGGCCACCCAUUAUCGCUAUGACUCACACAGAGACUGAACACACACACCAAGCCUGUGUCUCUUCAGCUUUCAACCUCUCUGGCCCUGUAUCCUUCUCUCCAUCCUCCAUCCCCUCAUCCCUGCUGCUACCCUCUAGUUAGGCUCUCAAUCCAGAGAGUCCACUGACAUCUUGUUUUCUUCAAUUCCGGUUUACCUCUGAUUGCAGUCCCCCUCAUACCAUCAUCGAGUUUCUAGGUUUCUGAAUGGGGGGUUUUGUUUUUAAUCUUGGCCGAUAUUGCAAUAAGAUCUCCAGGCCUAAGUUCUAUUUGAAAGGCAUGGAUUUAAUAGCCUACCAGUAACUUCACUCCGCAGACACUUGCACAAACAAAAACGUAAAACAACUUGACAGGACAAAGACUUGAGGCCUGUGGGUCGCAGUGUUUGAAUAUUUAAUCGUCUUCUCUCACGGCCCUCCUAUGGCCCAUGUUCUUGGGUUACCCGGCCGUACAUUUUCAUUAAGAGUAAGGACCAGGCGAAAGCUGCUCAUUCUGAACUUGGAAAAACAGAAGGACAAAGCCAGAGAUGUAGGAUGCUUAAAGCCUGGUAAGACUGGUGGGCUGGCUGGUUUGGCUGGGAUCCUAAAAUGUCAUCAUUUUUCUCAGCGGUGAUCCAUUUUUAAUGUAUUCUGCUCAUAUUUAAUGUGUCAUUUAUGUUCUUUUAUUCCUCCAGUGAUCAGCAGGACACUUAUUAGUAACUGGAGGGCGGAGGAAGGAUGUCUGAGUGUAUUCUUGUGAGUGUGUGAGAGUGUGUGCGAGCUAGGAAGUGGUUCUCUCUGCUACAUGUUGUAUUUUUUUUCCCAAGGCCAGCCAAGUUGGCAUGGCAACAAAAGGAAAUAUUGUGUGUGAGAUUUAUAAAAACAAUGUAUUAUUUAUUAUCGGGAUUUAAAGAGUCCCAUUACUGUAUUUCUAGAUGUAAUUUUUCAUGAAUCACUGGAUAAAAACCUUCAUAUGUUCAGCAUACCACUGCAAGCUACUGAGGUGGAACAAGGCAUGUGGCAAUGAUAUAAAAAAAAAAUCAUUCUAUACAUGUUUUACAUAAUACCAAACUACAAAGACCACUUCUGAAAACCGCACAGUGAAACAAGUGUAGUCACUGUAAAAUUAAUCUAUGGCAGUGCUUAAGUGCUCAACCACACAAAGCUUUUGUGGUUGGAGUCUGUCGCGCUGUAGGUUACAAUACUGAAAAACACACAAACCGCUGCUGCUCUGACAGGAGUAAAAAGUGGAGCGGGUGGAAAACAGGCCGAAGUAGAGGAUAAACAGUUUUAUGAAGUGGCUGUGAAUAUUUGAAUUUAAAGUGUGCUUAUCUGAACUUACCAGGGAAACCUCAGCUUUGAAAGCACGAGAUGCACAGCAGUUUGUAUUUAUUUACAGCUUUUUGAUAUGUGUUCAGAUAUGCGUAUUUUUUUCUUCUGGUAAAUACACUGCAAAAACUCUCUUUAAAGGAUGAGGCUGGAGUUUUUUUUUUUACAUUUUUCCUUCUGUCAACAAAUCCCACAAAAACACCAAAACCAACAAUGCAUAAGUCCGUCUGCCAAUUUCCUUGAGCCUUUUUUAAUAGCUUGAAGCAUAUUGGUUCCUGAUGUAAAUCUUUAAAAACAACUAUAUUUCACAAAUGUGUGGUUUAACGUAUUUAAAAAGGUUCAGUAAUUCUCUGAAACAGCUGGGCACUGUAGUCUUUUGCAGCUGUUACUCAAACAGAAGAACUAGUGCAUUUGUUAUAGGGACUAUUUUUAGCUGUGGAUGAAUAUACAUUUGAUGCAAUAGUGACUAUUUCCAGCAACAGGAAGGUGUAUAUAGGAUUAACUCAAAAUAAACUACAGUGCCCCUGUUUGUCGUAAUGAUGAAACAUGUCACCCAAUGCACCAGUGUGAUACAUUGAUGUGUUUUUAAUAGUUUUAUUUGGACCAAUUCAUUGUUUGUUUUGUCUUUUAAUGCAUUUGUUGACAUAAGGUGAAAUAUAGAAUAUCACCAGCCUUAUACAUUGAAUCUGUUUGCUGAAGAUGCUGAUCAACUAUAAAACUAUAUUUUAAUUAGUAUAAAUUCAGCUGCUACAUGUAAAAACAAAAGCAUUUUGGCUUUGAAUGAAACUCCUGAAUUGCCUCAACCUGCUGUAAAAUACUGUAACACUCAUUGAGCAAUUAUGUGGCCCCUUAAGUGUUUUUCUUUUCAUAUGAUAAUGUUUUCAUGUAUUUGAUAAGCAUAAGCAUUGGCACAAAACCUGAUUUUUAAGCUAAAGGUGGAGUUCAGGUACUGUCAGUAAAUUCCUGUGGUAAAAUAAAAUGCCAGUCAUUUGUAAAGUAAUAAAGACAAAUAAGCUAAAAAAGGACGGUCAUAAUGUGUAUUUGAAAAUACAUUUCCUCCCAUGUCUGUGUCUGACCAGGAGCCAGCUGAAGAAUAUGUUUCUUGAAACUGUUCAUUUAUGAUCCAUUUCUCUGUGUGUCUGUGAGUCUCGCUAAGUGCUGUUUUGAUUGUACGAGUCGUUCGCCCGGCUGCUCUGCUUCUUGUGGGAGACUUUCAGUAAUGGUUGUGCUGUCGUGUCUAAAGUGUCAGCUAUUCUUUGAAAAUGGCAGAGGGGCUCUGGAAAACAGAAUGCUAAAAUCUCAUAAUCUUCACAUUAGCUGCCCCUUAUUUGUUUUUUAGAGCGACAUUGCAAAGAUGUUUUUUUAUUUUUGUUUUACAAAAAAAAAAAAAGAAACUUCUUUAUUGUGGUGUCAGAUAUAUAUUUUUGGUCUCUGCUGAGCCUUUAUGUUGCAGGGAAGUAAAAGAGAAACAGUUCAUUGACGUUCUCUAAACGUAUUUUCCUCCAUUGCCUCUUUGAUCUGCUCAUCAUUUAUUUCCAUCCUCUGUUUAUGGACUUAUCUGUGAACUGUGAAGAAUGUUUUUCCUCCCAUUUUGGUGAUUGAGUGGAAAAGUUUAGGUGGGUGACGGGGCUCUGAACUAAUGGCUAACGACAAUCAGAGCUAGGGGCCCCAAAGCUUUGUAAUGAUGGACGGGGAACGUGGCGAAUAAAGUUUGAAUGAUUUCAAUUCA